AAAAUACAAUUAAACAUUUUCUGGCUACCAUUUGUUUCCUAGUAUCCCCACUUUAUUUUAUGUUAUUUUCACCAAUCCAAAAUUAAAAAAAUACAAAAAAUUUAAAUUGUGCGGUGCUCUCUGAUACGGAACUCACUUGGUGUUCUUUUCCUGAUCUUUUUUAAUCAAUUAAAUUGAUUACUCAUUCAAUCAAGAGAAGAAGAAAAAGUGAGAAAUUUCGUGAAAAUUGUUAAUUUCAUAAGGUAAUUUUUUUGGCUUUUUGGGGAUUUUGCAGAUUUUCUAGCUAAUUGCUUGCUCUUUCUGCUCGAAGGUGAUUUUAGUUGCUGGGUAUUGCAUUGCUGAUCAUAUAGUUGUAGUAACCUGGGUUGGCUGGAACUGUGGAAGUAGAACUAAUUGAAUAAAAUUUUAGCUCUUGCUACUAUUGGGGUCUGGGUAGAAUGAGAAUAUGAUUAUGAGACUGGUCGGGGGAUAUUUUCGACGUUGUCGAUGGAUUCCCCUGACAAAAAAUUAUUGGGCAUUGUGAAUUUUUGGAGUCCUAGAAAAUGCGAGCCAACCAAUGUGUCGAGGGAUUUUUGGAUGCCGGAUCAGAGUUGUAGGGUGUGUUAUGAGUGUGACACCCUCUUCACCACAUUUCACAGAAGGCACCAUUGCCGGGUCUGUGGCCGAGUUUUCUGUGGGAAGUGUACAGCACACUCAAUUCCAGUCCAUCCGGAAGAGUCCACGAGUGAUCGAGAGGACAGUAAAAGAAUUAGGGUUUGUAACUAUUGCUUUGGGCAAUGGGAGCAAAGAUUGGUAACAGAUAAUCAUGAAACUGCUGGUGCUUCUUCUAGUCCAGAACUUAGUCCAUCUCCUUCAGCAAUUAGCUUGGGGAGUAUUAACACCAGCUUUACUGGUGAUAGCAGCACUACAGUAAGUUCAAUGGCCUACUCAACUGGACCAUACGAGCAUGUGACACAUGGUUCUUCUAUGAGUUUUGAACAAUCUUCGCAAACAGGACAACGUAAUAAAGGCAGUGGAGCAUCCGAUCCAAUCAGCAUAAAUACGUAUGUGGAUGUUGGAGAUCUAUCUUCCAAUGCUAAUCGGUAUGGAUUAUGCGAAAAUAGGAGUGAUGACGAGGAAAAUGAAAAUGGGGAGUACUAUGGUGCUGUUAAUUUUGAUGAAGUUGACAAUAAAUAUCAAUCACAUAAAGGAGAUUUUGAUGGAGAAGGCGAUGAUAGACGAGCUGUUAGUCCUUUGUCUUCUGUGGGUUUUGGUUCAGAGUUUCUGGAAGGAAUUAAGGGUUCUGCGAUUGAACCAGGCAUUCCCAAUAAUAAUGACGAAUCUGAAGCUUCUCUUUAUGAGAUUGAGAGUGCAGAUAUAGAAAAUUUGGAUUUUGAGAACAAUGGGAUACUUUGGAUUCCUCCAGAGCCUGAAGAUGAAGACGAUGACAGAGACGCCGAUCUUUUUGAUGACGAGGACGAUGGUGAUGCGGCUGGAGAAUGGGGAUAUCAGAGCUCUUCGAGUAGCUUCGCCGGUGACCUUCAACAGAGGGAAAAAGCAAACGAGGAACAUCGGAAAGCUAUGAGGAAUGUGGUUGGUGGGCAUUUUAGAGCACUGAUAACUCAGCUUUUGCAAGUAGAAAAUCUUCCUGUUCAAGAUGAUUACGAUAAAGAAAACUGGCUGGACAUAAUCACCUCUCUGUCAUGGGAGGCUGCUUCACUUCUUAAGCCAGACAUGUCUAAAGGUAGUGGGAUGGAUCCUGGUGGGUAUGUAAAAGUGAAAUGCCUGGCAUGUGGGAAACGAAGUGACAGUGUGGUGGUCAAAGGAGUUGUUUGUAAGAAGAAUGUUGCUCAUCGGCGUAUGACUUCAAAGUUUGAUAGACCACGCCUUUUAAUCCUUGGAGGGGCUUUGGAGUAUCAGCGGGUCUCUGCCCACUUAUCAAGCUUUGACACAUUAUUGCAGCAGGAAAUGGAUCAUCUGAAGAUGGCUGUUGCAAAAAUUAGUGCUCAUAAUCCCAAUAUCUUAUUGGUGGAGAAGUCUGUAUCACGAUUUGCCCAAGAGUAUCUUCUUGAAAAAAACAUAUCUCUUGUAUUGAAUAUCAAGAGGCCGCUCCUAGAGCGUAUUGCUCGCUGCUCUGGUGCUCAAAUUGUUCCCUCUAUUGACCAUCUUAAGUCCCAGAUAUUGGGGUAUUGUGAAUCUUUCCAUGUGGAGAAGUACUUUGAGGAACAUGGAAGUGCUGGUCAAGGUGGGAAGAAACUGACAAAGACCUUGAUGUUUUUUGAGGAGUGUCCAAAACCUUUGGGAUGUACUAUCUUGCUCAAAGGAGCUUCCGGAGAUGAGUUGAAAAAAGUGAAACAUGUUGUCCAGUAUGGAAUUUUUGCUGCAUAUCAUUUGGCUUUAGAAACAUCUUAUCUUGCUGAUGAAGGUGCUUCACUGCCGGAACUUCCUUUGAAGUCCCCAAUAACUGUUGCAUUACCUGACAAAACAUUAGACAUUAGUAGAUCAAUAUCCACUAUAGCUGAUCUUGUUACCCCAACAAGUGAAGACAGUCAUCUGAUUUCACAUGUGCCGUCAUUUAUCACUGCAAAUACCGUUUCUACAUCAGAAAGGAAUGCGUCAAGCUGUAUGACCAAAUUGGAAUCUUCCUCAGAUUCUGUGACAUCAACUGUUGAUGGCCCUUUGGGCUCAUCAUUAUAUGAUGUCCCUAAUUCUAUUUGUAAUGAUCAAGAUGGAGUUUCAGAGCACGUCAGCAGAAUAGGUGUGGAACAAUUUCCAGAAAGCCAUUCCAUAUCUGUAAAACCAGAUGAAUGCCUUCAUGAUGACUAUGCAAUUGCUAGUUCGUUCAGAUCGUCAGUACCAUUUAGACAGAGUGUUCUCAAGAGGGAUGAUGAUGGUAGUACAUUAUCUGAACCUGAUCCCAAGAAUUCAUCAAAUCUGUUGGAUUCAAACAAUGGGGAACAAAAUGAGAAAGUGCAACAGUUGAAGCAAGGAUUUCAACUCCCACCUUCUGAUGGUCAGAGCAUAUUGGUGUCUUUAACGACACGCUGUGUCUGGAAGGGAGUCGUGUGUGAGAGGGCACAUCUUUUCCGUAUCAAGUACUAUCGGACCUUUGACAAGCCUUUAGGACGGUUUUUGCAGGAUGAUUUGUUUGAUCAGAGCUACCUUUGCCGUGUUUGUGAGAUGCCGUCAGAAGCACAUAUUCAUUGUUACACCCACCAACAAGGGAGCCUUACUAUUUCUGUGAGAAAGCUUACUGAGUUUCCAUUACCUGGGGAAAGGGACGGAAAAAUCUUUAUGUGGCAUAGGUGCCUUCGAUGUCCCCGAGUCAAUGGAUUUCCUCCUGCUACUAGAAGAGUUGUUAUGUCAGAUGCAGCGUGGGGACUGUCAUUUGGAAAAUUCUUAGAACUCAGCUUUUCAAAUCAUGCAGCUGCUAGCAGAGUUGCUAGUUGUGGCCAUUCUCUUCACAAGGAUUGUCUUAGAUUCUACGGUUGUGGACGGAUGGUUGCUUGCUUUCGCUAUGCACCAAUUGUUGUUCAUUCUGUCUUCCUUCCACCAUCAAACCUCGAGUUUACUUGUGCUAAUCUGGAGUGGAUCCAAAAAGAAGCAGUCGAGGUAAGCGACCGGGCAGAGCUUCUAUAUACCGAAGUCUGCAAUGCCGUUAAUGAGAUCUCGGAUAAAUUUUCGAGGUCGGGAUUACUGGAAAGUAACACAAAAGCUUGUGGAUUGAGAAAACACAUCAUGGAACUAGAAAGGAUGCUGAGGAAGGAAAAAGAAGAAUUUGAGGAGUCCCUGCAAAAGACAUUGCAAGCGGAAAGCCAAGCCGGGAUCGACAUUCUAGAAAUUAAUAGAUUGAGGCGGCGUUUAUUAAUCCAAUCUUAUGUCUGGGAUCAGCGGUUGAUUCAUACAUCCAGUUUAGAUGCAAAGAUAACCCAGGGUGGGUCUAAUAGUCUCUUCCUGAAAUCAAUGGAGGAAACCUCGAAUGAUGUUGAAAAGACUAAUAUAAAUGCUGGGGGUGACGCAGAGAGAGAAGUGGGCAGCUACGGUUCUGUAAUUGCAGAUGGAAAGAUUGGGACAGAUCUUAGCCAAGGCCUCAACAUCAAAGAAUUUAAUGAAAAGAUGUGCAAGGAAGAUCUCCAUGGGAUCAAUACGGGUGAUGCAGAUCCGACUAAUUCUGUAAAUGCAUUUCGGAGAGUUAUUUCAGCUGGGCAAUUCCCUAUUGUGGUGAAUUUAUCUGAUACUCUUGAUGCAGCAUGGAUCGGUGAGAGUCAUUUAGGUAGUAUCAAGCCUACAGAGAAUGAUGCAGUAGAUCCACCGAGUUUAGUCAGGUCAGUUGCAGCAAGUCCCAGGUCAGAGAAGCCCGCUGAUGAGCCGGAGAUUCAUCGUUCUACUAGCUGUGCUUUGCCGGCCAAGAGUUUUGACUUUUCGGACAGUUCUACAAAUUGGUUAAAGAUGCCCUUUACGAACAUCUAUCAAUCAAGUGGGAAAAAUACUGCAUGGAGUGCUCAAAAGCUUGAUGCAGUAGGGGACUAUAAUCCAGUUUUUGUUUCUUCAUUUCGUGAAUUGGAACGCCAAAGUGGUGCCAGAUUGCUGCUUCCUGUGGGUGUUGAUGAUACUGUAAUACCUGUUUAUGAUGAUGAGCCAACUAGUAUCAUAGCAUAUGCACUUGUAUCACAAGAUUAUCGAACUCAGACUUCUGAUGAUCCCGAGAUGAAAAAGGAUUGGAAUGACUCAACAGCUUCUUUGCCCCUCGUCAGUCUAGCAAGUUCCCUCUCCCUUCAUUCACCAGCUGAAUCAUUUACUGGGUCAAUGAAAAGCUUCGGGGCUUCUGAAGAAAGCUUUUUGUCAAUGUCUGGGUCCAGAAACUCUCUCACAUUGGAUCCACUGUCCUACACCAAAGCUUUGCAUGCUAGAGUUUCUUUUCAAGAUAAUGGUCCUCUUGGAAAAGUUAGAUAUACUGUCACUUGUUAUUAUGCGAAACGAUUUGAGGCAUUGAGAAAAAUUUCCUGCCCUUCUGAGAUGGAUUUCAUCAGAUCUCUUAGCCGUUGUAAGAAAUGGGGUGCACAAGGUGGAAAGAGCAAUGUUUUUUUUGCCAAGUCUUUAGAUGAUAGAUUUAUAAUCAAACAAGUUACUAAGACAGAGCUGGAGUCAUUUAUCAAGUUUGCACCUGCUUAUUUUAAAUAUCUCUCCGAGUCUAUCAACAGUUCCAGCCCCACCUGUCUGGCAAAGAUUCUGGGCAUUUAUCAGGUUACAUCCAAGCAUAUUAAAGGAGGGAGGGAGUCCAAGAUGGAUGUUUUGGUAAUGGAGAAUCUUUUGUUCCGGCGUAAUGUUGUACGGCUUUAUGAUUUAAAAGGUUCUUGUAGAUCACGGUACAAUCCAGAUUCCACUGGUGGAAACAAAGUUUUACUGGACCAGAACUUGAUCGAGACAAUGCCUACUUCUCCAAUUUUUGUAGGGAACAAGGCAAAACGGCUGCUCGAACGAGCUGUUUGGAACGACACAUCAUUUCUAGCUUCGGUUGAUGUGAUGGAUUAUUCUUUAUUGGUUGGUAUUGAUGAAGAAAAACGCGAACUAGUUGUUGGUAUAAUUGAUUUCAUGAGGCAAUAUACAUGGGACAAACACCUUGAGACUUGGGUGAAGACUUCUGGGAUUCUUGGUGGACCGAAGAAUGCACAACCAACAGUUAUAUCUCCAGAUCAGUAUAAGAAGCGAUUUAGGAAAGCGAUGACAACUUACUUUCUUAUGGUACCUGAUCAAUGGUCUCCUCCAAUGAUCAUCCCUAGUGAACCCUUGUUUGAUCUUAAUGAGGAGAAACAAGAAAAUAUAUUGUAGCUUUACCUUGAUUUGUUGUAGAAGUGAAAUCCUUGAAUUUGUCCAAAUUAUAUAGUGUAUAGUGUUCAUUUCACAGCAUUUUUGUUAUGAUUUCUGUUUAUUUGUUUGAUUCUUGUUAUAUUUGUUGAUCCAAGUAGUUAAUAAGAAAGGUUCUUUCAUGCCA